AUGUCGCUCGUCAACGCCACUGACACGGGCGGCAGCUCCCAGUCGACCCAGCCCGUCACCCCAGCUCGCAAUCGGCUUUCCACUCUUACAUCGAGCCUUGCUACCGACACACCGAUGAGCUCGGGCACCGGAGAUCCAAACUUCGGGUACAGCAUCGUGAAGGAUCUCGCCGUCAGGCUGAAGACCGAGUUGAAGCGCCAUCAUGUCCAGGAUGUAGAGAUUCCCUCUCCUGUUACCGACGCCCGAACGAAAAUCGAGAAGUUCCUGCGGAGUACACCGCUGUACGACGACACCGAACAUCGGUGGGUCGACGUGCCAUUCGAGCCGAAGAACGAGAAGGAGCUUUACGGUCCCCACACCGCCAUCAUCAACGCUAUCAUCGACCGCUUCGGCCUCAGCAACCGUCGACUCAUCAUGGCCGCCAACAUCACCAUACACCAUGAGACACACGAGCGUGAGAAGCUCGCUACUCGACCAGACUACCUCAUCGUCGGGAGGGGGCCUCUUGUCAAUGGCAGGAGCAGAUUUGGCAACAAGGACAACUUCGACAACGAGUGGGCGGUAUAUGAUCACGCCACCACCGUUGGCGACGGCAAGACUGAGGACAACGCCGCCGUGUUGGACAAUGGUAUACAGCUGGCUGUCUAUGCGAGGGCGUGCUUCAUCCAACAGUGUAACCGCGACUUCGUGUUCGGCUUCAUCAUGACGGAGAAGUAUUUCCGCGUCUACAGCUUCGACCGCUGUGGCAUGAUGUCCACUGUCAGGGUUGACUACCACGCCGACCCGGUACCCUUUGUUCACGCCAUCUGCCUCAUUGCGUCGACGGACGCGGACGCUAUCGGCUAUAACCCUACCAUCUACUACGACAAGAACAAGGCCGGCAAGAUCACGAGAUUUCUCACCUCCACAUUCCUCCGCCCUCGCACCAACCGCGAUCCCGACCACAUGAAGGACCAUGUCGAGGAAGACGACCUCGCCGAUGGACUCGCCCACAUCUCGGUCGAUGAGGUCAAGUACGUCGAGGAGGAGAUGACGUUCUGCGUUCACAAGAAACCCCUUCACGUGCGCCGUGGUGUCCGUGGCCGGGGUGGCGUCUACUGGUCCGCCGACCGCGAGGGGUGGGGCGCUGUCCUUGUUAAGCAGGCCUACGUCCCCGUGGGUCGGGUUCCCGAGUGGAAGUACUUGAAGAAGGCGGUGGGGUUGAUCGGGGUAGGCCAGAUGCUCGCCUACGACACCCGGUCCUGGACCUACUGCUGCGUCGUCUUGAAGCGGUACGGGAAGUCGGUAGCGGCUUUCAAAACACGCCGAGAGCUCCUGGUUGCUUUUCGCGACGCAAUCAACGGGCACUGGAACCUGUGGAAGAUUGACAUUCUGCACCGGGACGUCAGCAUUCACAAUAUACUGCUCGGGGUCGACGGCGCCGAAGCCGGUUGGGAGGGUGUCCUGAUCGACCUCGAUAUGGCCAUCAGUAUGCGGCGAACUAGGAGCGACCUUGAAGCGGAUUUCCGAACGGGUACCCGCGCGUUUCAGUCCGUUCAGGUUUUGAGGAGCUAUGAGUGCAACCUCUCGGACGCCUCGAGCGAGCAGCGUUUCAUGCAUGACUACGCGGAUGACCUGGAAGCCUUCUAUUGGUGUCUCUGCUGGAUUUGCUUCAGCUUCGACGGUCCCGGAGUCGAGUCCGAGGAAGAAAACCUCUUGCUGAAGAGGUGGCAACACGAUGACCCGCGAGAAGCAUACGACUCGAAGUCCAACUUCUUGGAAGGUCCUUUCAAGCGUCGCCUGGUCAAGCGAUACUUCCAGGAUGACGCGUUGAUUGAACUCCUCGAGUUUCUCCACGCCGUAUUCCAAGUGAUGUAUGCGCAUAAGAGCAGCCUCGUUGAGACAGGUACUGUGCACAAUCGCACUCUGGAGCACAUCCAGCGGGAGGCGAAGGACACGUACGAACGCGUGAUCAAGGCCUUCAAUAGAGCCAUCGACAGGCUCGGUCCCGAGGGUAUGCCCGCCAAGGCGGAGUCUACCGAGCUCCCCUUCGUACUGCCACAGCUUCCUGACGGCCCCCGCCAAGCUUCUCGCGCGCCGGGACAGCCGUCGACGUCUAUCUCUUUGGGGAAUAAACGCAAGGCAUCGGAGGAAUCCGACGAGGCUCCGGAGAAGAAGAAGGCGGUCUCUACGGCGCCUCUUAUAUCCUCGAGCCUGCGUCACUCGGAGUCGUAUGACCCUUGA